CUUAAUGAUCCUGACAUUGCUAACGAGAUCCACGAGCACCUUCAAUCCAUCGGCACUUAUGUCCAUGCAGAAGACAUUGUUACAUAUCUGGACAAUGAGGAAGUCAAAACACGCCUGAAGAUGAAACAAACCAUCUCCCUGGCAACAGCAAAGCGCUGGAUGAGGCAUAUGGACUACCAUUGGGUUCAGGAUCACCGCGGUCAAUAUAUUGAUGGUAACGAGCGUGAAGAUGUUGUCUAUUAUUGUCAGCAUAUUUUUCUGAAGAAAUGGGCAGAGGAGGAAGCAAAAAUGCAUACCUGGGGAAAGGAUAAUGAAGAGAUCUGCAACACCAAGUGGCCUCUGUGUGUCUGGUUCCACGAUGAAAGUACAUUCUAUGCCAAUGACCAGAAGAAGUCAAAAUGGGUGCACAAAAACACAAGUGCUACUCCAUACACAAAAGAGGAAGGGUAUCUCUGA